AUGGACUCACCAUUAGCAUUGACGAUAGGUAACAGAAUUACUGCCUAUCUUAACAGUGCCGAAGAUUACCAUAAAUACCGUAAGAGAAUUAAUAAACAAUUACUCAGAUUACGUCAUGAUUUAGAUUUGGUUACCAGAGAUACCAAAAAUUAUAAAACCAAAGAAAAAUUCAGCAAGAUUUCUAUUGAAGAUUAUGAAAAUGAUGAAAGAUUCGGAUUAAUUUUAUUAUUGACCAGUGAAAGAGAUUUAUUAUACAGUCUUGAAAUCAGAAGUUUAUUGGAGAUCAGUAAUGAAGGUAAUGCAUCAUCAUAUAAAAAUUUAAUGAUCAGUAAAUUGAAAAGAUCUAUCAUCGGAACUAAGAAAUUAUUAGAAGUUGUCAAGAAUGAACAAGAUAAAUUCAAGUUACUCGAAAUUUAUAUUUAUGCAGCCAUCAAUGAAGGUUCUUUAGCUAUUCAUAAAAGAAAAUGGUCAAAAGCUUUAAAUUCAUUCUCCAUGGCAAGAUGUGGAUUAGAAUUAUUACAUGACGAAAGAGCUGAAACUGAAACUUUUAAUAAAUCCAUUAUAAGUGAAUUAAUCAACACUGUUGUUGAUCCUUCUAUCAAUUUAUCAGUCAAUCAAUUGAACUUGAAUUUAAUCGAUUUAAAAUCAAUUUCUAGAAAGCAUUGUCGUGAUAAUGAAUUACCAUAUUUAAGUCCAAUAGUUGAAUUAAUAUCAUCGAUUGAUGACAAAUAUGUUAAAGAAAUCUCAUCUACUGUUGAUAAAAUUGAAUCUGUCAAUUGGAGAGAUCAUGAAGCAAGAAUUUAUAAUGAUGAAAUCAGUUUCAAAUUAAUUAAAUUAGUUGAUUCCAACAAUAACAAUCUCACUGAGAUUGAAAAUUUUGAUGAACUUAUCACUGGGUGGAAUGAAAUCUUAGAAUUACAUCAAAUCGACGUCAGUAAGAAUCAAGACGAAGAAGAUGAUGAAAAAAUUCAAGAUCGUGCUAUUUUAUUGACUUUCAUAAAUUACAAUUUAUUAUUCACUACUAUCAGAAGAGAUUUGAUUUUGAUCGAUGAUUUAUCCACCAAAUCCUUGAAAGUUUCCAAAAAUAAGAAAUUAAUCAUAAAUAAAGAUAUAACAAGAUUAUAUACAUCAAUAAUUUCAACUUUGGAUGAAAUUAAAGAAUUACCUGGUGUCUUCAAUGAUGAAGAUUUAUCAAAUUCUUUAGAAAAUAUGAUUAAAUACUAUAAUUACAAAAAAUCAGUUAAAUUAGCUGAAUGUUUCACUUUGAACGGAAAACACAUUGAAAGUUUGAAAGUUUUGGACGUCAUUUACAAAGAUUGUCAAGAUAAAGAAGAAUUAUAUAGUGUUGAAGAUUUCCCAUUUGAUGUUACUAACAAUAAAGAAUUCAUCGAAUUUAAAACUGAACUCCAACAACUUUUAAAUAAAAAUCACAUCAUGGCUCAAUUUUAUUAUGAAACUAAUAAUGAUUCAGUUAUCAUUGAAAACAUGAAUAAAUUCCCCUUAAAUAACAAUAUCUUGGGUUUCAAUAACAUAUUACCAGUAUUACCCAAACCAGUAUUAUUCGAUAUUGGUUAUAAUUAUAUCAAUUAUUCCGGUACAAAUUCAAAUUCUGGUACUCCUGAACCUUCAACUUCAACUGAUGAUGAUAACAAAAAGAAAGGUUUCUUUGGUAUUUUCGGUCGUCUGUAA